AUGCCACAGAGCACUGUACAGACCAAGUCUCUGUGGAACGGUGAAGACACAGAUGACAGGGACUUGGCAAAGGGAGAGGCGCUGCAGCUGAGACGGGCCGCCCGGCCGCCGCCCGCCCAACGCGCCGCACCACAACAGUUCGCUCCCCCGCCCUCUUCGGGACAGCGGAAGUCCCGCCUCCGCGCGCUCAUUGGCCUGAUUUGUUCUCUAGGCGGGGCCUCCGCCGCCGCUGGCUCGCCUCAUUGGGUGCCACCGCCGCCAGUCUCCGGUGCCAGGCUACUUCCUGGACUCUGCUGGGAUGGGCUCAAAGUAGAGAAAGUGGAAGAGGGAAGAGUUGCCGGGGCGAAGGAGGGGUGCGCGGCCUCAGACUCCCCGGCUCCAGGGAGGGACGGUGGCCCGGGACCUGGCUGGACGCAGGGACAGACUCUGGCAGCUGAGGAGCACGGUUGCGGGCGGACAGCAGCACAGAUGUGGGCGGGGGCGCGGAGGGACAGACCUGGGGGAGGGGCAUGUGACGGGGGCCUCGGGGGACCGAGGCACUGUCACCAGAGGGGCCUGCGGGGUGCGACGCCAGGGCCAGGGCCGGAGCCCGCAGGCCGACGGAGGGGAGUUGGUGGAGCAGCAGAGAAAGCCAUUCCUGGCGGGAAGGACAGAGGGACAGUGGCGUACCGACGCGAGAGAGGCUAUAGCCGGGAAGACCCUGAUGAGGUGUGCGAAGUUGAAACCACCUACACGGCUGGUAGAAAGGCAGAAUGGGGCACCAGGGCUGAUUGACCUCUUAACUACUGCGACGAGUGCUGCAGCAAACACAGGUGGACCUGUAUCUCUCCUGUAUGCAGACUUCAUUUCCUUCAGAUGUAUGCUCAGGAACGGCACAGCUGGGUCACAUGGCAAUUCUGCUUUUAGUUGUUUGAGGGACCCGCAUACUAUUUUCCAUAAUGACUGUGAUAAUUU